AUGUUCAAACGAGGGGACCUCCAUGAGGGGAAGCACCGUGGCGUAGAUAGCGUUGGUACAUACGAGCAGAGAGGUUGCUCUUCGAGUGAAGCACCGGUUAAGGACACCCAGUUGGUAGCUUCAAGUCGGAGUGAAGACCAGCGAGAGGGCCGCCAAUACGUAUUGAGUACUAGCCCUAUGAACACCAAUUUAGGGUUAGGGUUAGGGUUGUUGGGGGCCCAGAAUGGUGCUGAAGAGAAUGGCGGAGGGUGGAAUAACUGCGGAGAUGGGGAUGGCCAUUUCGCUUGCAAAAGUCACCACGAGUAUGGCUUUGUCAACAAGGGUGGCGAAUUACGUUAUAAUGGAAGUAGCCUUUCGGGGAAGAUCGAAAGGAUGGCGGAUGGUGGGACGACCAAUGCAGGGGUACUAAGCCGUCUUAGUGAAGAGGCGGGUUUGGGGAAGGCCCGCCAAGACGACUCGGGGAGCUCCACGGAGACCCCCCCCGCUUGUGCCACCUUGAUGGAGGAGAAAAAGGGCGCAGUUAAUGGGGUGCGGAGGAAGGUGAUCAAAAGGGUGGAGAAGGAGGGCCAGCGGGGGAGAAGCGGUGAUGAAAGCGGGAGUGACUCCUUUGGGGGAGACCCCCCCGGCGCGCGGAGGAACGCGACGGGUCGCUCGAAGGAGACUCAAAUGGAAGCCAUCAGCAAAAGCAUUAACCACAUUUUAAGCUCCUCCAAUGUGCCCCCAAAAGAUAUACUCAAAAGGACAAGCAAAAGAUUUACAGACACUUUUCUUUAUUUAACAAAAGGGUACCAUAUGAACGUAGGGAAAGUUAUAAAAAAGAGUUUGUAUAAGAGAAAGUACAAAAAUGAUUCGCGCAUAAAAAUAAGUGGCAUUCAUAUUUACUCCCUCUGCAAACAUCAUCUGUUGCCAUUCGAAGGGGAGUGCUCCAUCGAGUAUGUGCCCAACAGAUAUGUUAUGGGUCUUUCUAAGUUCUCCAGAGUUAUUAACAUUUUUGCAAGGAGGCUACAGCUGCAGGAGGACUUAACCAAUGACAUUUGCAACGCGCUCAGGAAGUAUUUGAAGCCGAAAUAUAUCCACGUGAAUGUUGUGGCCAGGCACUUGUGCAUUAACAUGCGCGGGGUGAGGGAACACGACGCGACUACCGUGACGAAUGCGUACUACGGGGUGGACGAGGGCGCGCGCGCGGGGCAGAAAGUAGAUUUUGCGCGUGCGAGUCAGGCGGGGGAUGGGAACGAACUGCCUCGCGAGGAGGUGGCCCUCGUGCGAAGGUGA